AUGCACCUGAAGCAGAUUAACAAAGAGACUCCCGAGGGCAGUUCUCGACGCAAGCCCACAGAGCUCGCAGCCAUGCUAAAGGCCGAGUGGGACCAGAAGACACCAGAUGAGAAGAACAAGUGCACGCGAGAGGCAAGGAAGGAGCUGAAGGAGCAGCACUAG